AUGAAGGACCUGGAAUCUUUCAAAGUGACUGUGACAGACGCAUGGACGAUUCCUCUUGGAGAGUACCAGAUGCACUUUCCCCCACCCCCAUCAGGAGGCGCUAUCCUCAGCUUCAUCCUCAACAUCAUGAAAGGUUGGAACUGAAUAACACAAUGUUUUCAAUUUAAGAUGGACCCCAUUUAAGAGUGACACUGUUUAAUCUCACUAUUGUGCUAUACAUUCAAUUACAUGAAUUCAUGCUCUUAUGUUGAGUAUAUACAGUCAUCAUUAGCUUAUUGAUAUUUGGGUUAAUUGAUAUUUGGGUUAACUGACACAUGAUUAUAAGAAUGGAAAGAUUGAAAGCAUCAUGGAGACCAGAAAACAUGCAUACCCACCUCCUUAUUACAUUUUACUUACAGUAUGUCUUUGUCUAUAGAAAACACCCUAAACUCAGCUUCUCUGAUGGGAGAGCAAAAUACUCUUAACCUAUCAACGCUACAUUGAAGCUUGUAAGCUUUCCAACGGACUGAGGAAGUACAUCCGUGAUCCACACUUCAACUCAGGAGUAAGUUCCACAAGACUCCAGGUGUAGGAAAUCAUUAAGGAAUGAUACAGUACAGGUCAAGACCAAGACACUUCAUAAAUCUGUCACGAUCGUUGAACGGAGUAGACCAAGGCGCAGCGUGAUGAGCAAACAUAUUUUAUUAUCUUUAGUGAUAAUAAUAACAAAACAACAAACGACACGUGAAGUCCUAGGUAUAACACAACCAACACGGAACAAACCAAACGGAACAAGAUCCCACAACUAUUGUGGGAAAACAGCCUGUUUAAAUGUGGUUCCCAAUCAGAGACAACCAGCCACAGCUGACACUCGUUGCCUCUGAUUGAGAACCACACUGGCCAACAUAGAACUAGAACACAUAGAAACUACAACACAGAAACCAAACACAUAGAAUCUACACACCCUGGCUCAACAUAUAGAGUCCCCAGAGCCAGGGUGUGACAAAAUCAAUGAUCUAAGUGCUGUUUUAUCCCAACAGGGUACUCUCAGGGUCAUGUUGAGUGACAAGGGAGCAUUAUAUACAUUUACAUUUUAGGCAUAUACAGCAUCAGCUAUUACUGCUGCCAUCUUAGCUGUGCUCCAGUCUUAAAUUACUAUCCAUCCCUGCUCAUUUUGACAGAGUGGAGUGGUCACGAAAAGUGAGAAAAUACCCCAUAUAGCCAAUACCACAUUUCUGUGUGGGUCAUUUACUCUAGUGAAGUUAGUGAAGUCAUAUGCCUGUGUUACUGGCUUCUGUGGACCCUGAGAGCUAUGAUCCAUUAUUGCAAUGUGGAACUUGAGCCGUUAAUCUCCCUAGAAUUCAUGCUGGUUUUAAUGCCCUUUGCUUUCACAGUAACUCCAAGUGUUGUUAGGGGGCCUGUUGUGGAAGGCAUUACCAGAGGCUGUCGCCAGCCAGGAACAGCAAAGGAUUAAUACAAUCUCAUGUGCUGAAGCAGAAUCUAUUAAACUACUGUGAUCAGAUAUUCCUGGGUUUCUUUCACAGAUUGUUCACAAGAUGUCUUAUCGCUGCACACCUGCUAGCCCUGAGACAUGUCUGUAUACUCGUAGGCGUCUAACUAUGGCAUCACAGGAGUCUGCAGCCAUGCCUCAGGGUUAAACACCUUUUCAAAUCACUCACCAUUGAAUUAGGAAUUAGAAUACUAAUUUAAUAGGAUCUAUAUGUCACUCACACACAAAGCCAGCCCUCAAUAUAUUUAAUUCAGAUCUUAAGAACAAUGUAUAAUCCAAAACUGAAACAUUCUGCAAACCAUGCAUUCUGCAUUAGAAGAUAAGAGGAUGAAACUAUAAGUGGCUAAAUUGAUAGUGGUUCAACAUACAGUAUACUGUCGCUACUGUAAUGCAACAUAUACUGUAAUUUCCUUCCUUUGACCAGAGAGCACUUACAGUGCCUUGCAAAAGUAUUCAUCCCCCUUGGCGUUUUACCUAUUACUAAGGAAAGAUGGAUGGCGCUAAAUACAGGGAAAUUCUUGAGGGAAACCUGUUUCAGUCUUCCAGAGAUUUGAGACUGGGACGGAGGUUCACCUUCCAGCAGGACAAUGACCCUAAGCAUACUGCUAAAGCAACACUCGCAUGGUUUAAGGAGAAACAUUUAAAUGUAUUGGAAUGGCCUAGUCAAAGCCCAGACCUCAAUCCAAUUGAGAAUCUGUGGUAUGACUGAUGUACACCAGUGGAACCCAUCCAACUUGAAGGAGCUGGAGCAGUUUUGCCUUGAAGAAUGGGCAAUAAUCCCAGUGGCUAGAUGUGCCAAGCUUAUAGAGACAUACCCCAAGAAACUUGCAGCUGUAAUUGCUGCAAAAGGUGGCUCUACAAAGUAUUGACUUUGGGGGGGUGAAUAUGUAACCGGUGUGAAAUGGCUAGCUAGUUAGCGGUGCGCGCUAGUAGCGUUUCAAUCGGUGACGUCACUCGCUCUGAGACCUUGAAGUAGUUGUUUCCCUUGCUCUGCAAGGGCCGCGGCUUUUGUGGAGCGACGGGUAACGGUGCUUCGAGGGUGACUGUUGUCGAUGUGUGCAGAGGGUCCCUGGUUCAAGCCCAGGUAGGGGCGAGGAGAGGGACGGCAGCAACACUGUUACAAAUAGUUAUGCACGCUCAAGUUUUCUGUUUUUUUGUCUUAUUUCUUGUUUCACAAUAAAAAAUAUUUUGCAUCUUCAAAGUGGUAGGCAUGUUGUGUAAAUCAAAUGAUACAAACCUCCAAAAAAUCAAUUUUAAUUCCAGGUUGUAAGGCAACAAAAUAGGAAAAAUGCCAAGGGGGGUGAAUACUUUCGCAAGCUACUGUAAGUUCACUGAGCAGCAGUUUGCUGACCACUUCAGGGCCAUGAUCAGCAGUGAUGAGACCCAUGAUGCCCUGUACUACAACGUCACUCCAUACCUGGACCCCCCAGGCUCACGACACGUGUCUGUGGUGGCUGAGGAUGGAACUGCCGUGUCUGUUACCAGCGCUAUCAAUCACAUGUGA